AUGGCUUCGAACCCACCUGGCCCAUGCUGCGCCCAGGGAUUUAAACACGACGGCGAGCCUACAGGAGUCUCCCUCAAGGUGGGCGAGCACGAGGCUUACCUGGCGACCCCGGACCCGUCCAUUGCCCACAAAGACGUGGCGAUCCUAUACGUUCCGGACGUCAUCAGCAUUUGGCAAAACAGCAAGCUGCUAGCCGAUCAAUAUGCCGCCAAUGGCUACCUCACCCUAAUCAUCGACCUGUUUAGGGGGGACCCUGUAAAGUUGAAUGGGCCGCCUAACUUUGAUUUCGCCUCCUGGAUAGCCAAGGGCAGUACCGGCGACAAUCCCCACACUAAGGAGUACGUCGACCCGAUCGUCGAAGAGGCCAUCAAGUAUCUCAAGGAGGAGAAGGGUGUGAAGAAGCUAGGUGCCGUCGGCUACUGCUUCGGAGCCAAGUACGUCGUCCGUCACUUUAAGGACGGAAUUCAAGUUGGCUUCGUGGCGCACCCUUCCUUCGUCGAGGAAGAUGAGCUCGAGGGCUUCAAAGCGCCGUUGUCCAUCGCCGCCGCCCAGACCGAUAGCAUCUUCACAACCGAAAAACGCCACCGGUCUGAAGCCAUCCUCGCCAAGAGCGGCAAGCCCUGGCAAAUCAACCUGCACUCCGACGUCGUCCACGGGUUUGCCGUGCGCUGUAACAUCCAAGACCCGUCCCAGAAGUUCGCCAAGGAGCAGGCCUUCCACCAGGCCAUCACCUGGUUUAAUACCUGGCUGCUGUGA